CAGCGUAGGGCUAGAAUGUGUUGAAAUUGCAUCUGUUAUGAAUUUGGUGAAUUUAUUUGUGGACGAAGAACAUGUGUGUCACAGUUGUAGAGAGUGAUAGCAUAUUGUGGUCGGAAUUGUCGUCGUCGUCGUCUUCCAACAAACUUGUUGUGGAUUUCACAGCGAGUUGGUAAAAAUUAAUACAGUGAGAGGUGCAGACCCAGCAGGCCUAUAAAGGAAAAUACAGCAGCCCAUCUCAGCAGGAAUGUCGGGUGAAGGGGAGCCUAGUGUACAGGGCCACGUGGAUCUGGCCAGUUUUUAUGAUAAAAAGCAGUGUGAAUGUUUGAAUGAAUCUGACGAAAAUGGAUUUAAAAAUUGCCUCACAAAUUCUCCAAGUUAUCUGGAGUCUGACUGUGAUGAACAGCUUAUAAUAUCAAUUUCAUUCAUGCAACCUGUGAAAAUCCAUUCAAUAAAACUUAAAGCUGAUAAAGAAAAAGGACCAAAAACCAUAAAACUCUUCAUUAAUCGCACACAGACCCUUGAUUUUGACUCGGCAAAUUCUUAUGCCCCAGUUCAGGAAUUAAUACUUACACCAAGUGACCUCGAAGGGAAGCCUAUAAACUUAAAGUUUGUAAAGUUCCAGAAUGUUCAAAAUAUUCAACUAUUCAUCAAAGACAAUCAAUCUGGAAGUGAAGCGACUCAAAUUGAAUAUCUUUCAUUUAUUGGUUCAGCUAUAUCGACUACAAAAAUGGGUGACUUUAAGAGAGUCGCUGGGAAGAAAGGUGAAAGUCAUUAGAAACACAAUUAUAUUAUCAUCUGCCUAAAAAUGACAAUACUUACGUAAUGCUAAAUCAGCAUUUCACACCUUUUCGUACAGUUUGGCAACAUGAUGGAGAAAUAAUGUUUACUGCUGAAAAUCAUUUGUUUAUUCAACAAGAAUGUCUGGUUUGUGUGACACGAUCUUGAGUAGCAUUUUCAACAUUUGGGUGUUUCACAUUUCUGUGAUCAGUACUAAAUUUCUACACAGAUGAGGAAAGGACAAACAUGUUACCCAUUCAACAUAGUACAUGCAGUACCUCAAUUGU